UCACCAUCACAUGACAUUCCUCAGGAAGGACAGCUCGGGACUUUGACUUGAUUUUUGUCACCUGGUGGCUUUUGGUUUCAUCGUUUCGUCAAGGACAACCUCAGAAAACUGCCUCUGGGUGGACAAUCAAUGCAUGGCUUAGGAGUCCAGUUUAUGGAAAUAGGCUCCAGCUUCCACAGCAUCUGUAAAGAUUCCCACGCGUGUUUUUUCCACGUUCCAGAGAUGCUUUUCCACAGCUUGUCAGGGGGGGAGAUGCAUGGGGUCAUCGAUGAGAUGGACAGAAGAUCCAAAAGUGAAAGCUCCGCUAUCAGCUCUGCUAUAGACAGAGGGGAGACUGAGACGACGAUGCCCUCCAUCAGCAAUGACAGGGCUGCCUUGUGUGCCGGUUGUGGGGGAAAGAUCUCGGAUCGCUACUACCUCCUGGCAGUGGACAAACAGUGGCACAUGCGCUGCCUGAAGUGCUGUGAAUGUAAAUUAAACUUGGAGUCAGAACUGACCUGCUUCAGCAAAGAUGGCAGCAUCUACUGCAAAGAGGACUAUUACAGGAGGUUUUCCGUCCAGAGGUGUGCAAGAUGCCACUUAGGAAUCUCUGCCUCAGAGAUGGUCAUGAGAGCAAGGGACUUGGUGUACCACCUCAACUGUUUCACCUGCAACACUUGCAACAAAAUGUUGACCACUGGAGACCAUUUUGGCAUGAAGGACAACUUGGUCUACUGCAGGCUCCACUUUGAGACUCUGAUCCAAGGAGAGUACCAAGUCCAUUUCAAUCACUCGGAUGUGACAUCAGGGAAGGGUUCGGGACUGGGGUCUGGGACUACCUCUGUAGGGCUGCCUUAUUAUAACGGUGUGGGGACUGUGCAGAAAGGGAGGCCAAGGAAAAGGAAGAGCCCGGGGCCCGGCGCAGACUUGGCAGCCUACAACGCAGCUCUAAGCUGCAAUGAAAAUGACGGAGACCACAUGGACAGAGACCAACAGUACACCCCCAACCAGAAAACCAAACGCAUGAGGACCUCUUUCAAACACCAUCAGUUGCGGACGAUGAAAUCCUACUUUGCUAUUAACCAUAAUCCAGAUGCCAAGGACUUAAAGCAACUAGCUCAGAAGACCGGUUUAACCAAAAGAGUUUUACAGGUAUGGUUUCAAAAUGCAAGAGCCAAGUUUAGACGGAAUCUUCUGAGACAAGAAAAUAAUGGAGUAGACAAAACAUCAGAUUCCACUCUUCAAGCUGGGACUCCGUCAGGGCCAGCCUCUGAAAUUUCCAAUGCCUCUAUGAGCCCCUCUACUACCCCAACUACAUUAACAGACUUGACUAACCCCACAAUGCCAACUGUGACAUCCGUACUGACUUCGGUACCUGGUAGCAUGGACGUGCAUGAAUCUCGAAGUCCUCCACAAACAACACUCACAAAUCUCUUCUGAUGACUCUUCAAAGGUUCCUUUAACAACAAAAAAAGAGAUUAUUUUUAGUCGAUUUCCAAGUGUAUUUUAAUAGAGACUUUGUUCAAUUAAUAAAUCACAUUUUUUGGGGAACAUUCUCAGAGAAGAGCCCAUUGUGCUGGUGUUUUGAUAAACUGAAGAAUUGGUUGAAAGAUGUAUCCGCAACACAACAUUUGUGUACCUGUACAGUUUUGUGGACUAAAAAUAAGGGAAAGAACCAUUAAUUUAAGUUGGCUGAAUCUUCUGUAUUCUCAAAGACUGUUAUGUGCCUUAUAUACUGUCUUAUCAACAUACAUUUUCUCUCUGUAUAUUUAUGACCAGAACUAAAUUGUUUCAAGUUUGUUACUUUUCAAAUAGUCCUAAAAGGUUUGUUUGUUUAGACAUUUUUUGGCAGAACUUUGGAGCGAGUAAUGUAAAAUGUGAGCAUUCAUAGAUAAUUUGGUGGUUUCUGUCCAUCACAACAUUUGCACUGGUAACUACAUUCAGAUAAGUUCACUGGGCUUACCAGUAAACUUGGGUAAAGAGACUUUCCACAGGGAUCCUAAAAUUGUCUAGUGUGAUCUAUAACCUCUUUCUAUAGAUUUUGAGAAUGCUAAUAUAUUGAUAACUUAAACCAUGCAUACCUCCCAAAUGUACAUAUUUUGGCAGACAACAGUCUCAACUUUCUGAUCCAUGAAGAAGCAGGGCUUGGUACAAGUGGGUGAAGUUUUGCCUAAACAUGGGCAGAAUUAGGUAAAGCUGUACGGUACUUACAUAUUCUAAUUUUAGAUUUUAGGAUGUUGGGAGGUGCAAGAGUGGUCUGACCCUGUCUACUCUAGUCCAGAAAGUUCCAAAUUAAGAAAAUUGGCUGACUGGAAAGAAGUAUUAAAUACAAUGCACAAUGUUUGACUCCCAUCUAUACAAACCAUUACGGUUUUUAGAGUAAGAGAUUCACUCAUCACUGUCAGAACUACUCUUAUAUUGUUUUAAAUAUCAUAAUAUUCUAUUCACUGUGAAAAUUAGUUUACAAAUGGUGAGAAA